UUGACGUUCAGGUGUACGAAGAGCGCAUAUCAAAGGUCGUGAACGUUCCGUAAAUUAGCGUCGAGUUGUCACAGAUGUGUUCCGUCUAUGGAAAACAUUAUUUUAUUUUACAAGAGCGGUGAAGCGAAAGGGUUAAUGAACGGUGUAUCACGUGACUCAUGGAAGGAAGUAGGCAGAUCCAUAUCUCGCAUUAAUUGUUAUUAUUAUUAUUAUUACAAUGUUUUUUGUUUUUUUUUUUUUUGUAACUCAAGUACCUCUUUAAUUAUUCUUCGUUUUAAUAAUGCAAAAGGACAAAAACAAAAACAAAAAAAGAAAAAAAAACAGAAGAAAAAAGAAACAGCGGAAAACUCUACUUUUACAGGUUUAAAACCUGGUUAUCCAUUUCUCAGAACUCUCUCAAAGAAGGGAGACAUCAUAGAAACCACUAACUCGAGAAAUUGACAGGUUAAUACACAGGAAGAGAUAUUCCUCAUAGUUAUUAACAUAUACCAAAAGAAAGUUUCCGGAUUUCUUUGGUUAUACGUAUACAUUUAUAAUAUAUACAUAUACAUAUGCAUAUAUAUAUAUAUAUAUAUAUAUAUAUAUAUAUAUAAAUAUAUGGUACUAUACUCUUCAUCGACUUGUCUCAUAUCGGUAUGCAGGUUAGUAGGUCACCAUCACAUCUUUCAGCAAUGAUUCGAAGUAUCCAGAAACAGAGAUCACACGAUGACAUCUAAAAUUCACUAAAUGUAAUCUAUAUAUAUAUAUAUAUACAGACAUACAUUUUUAGUUAGAUUCAUUUUUGAUAUUCAAAUCAGUUUGACAAAAGAGAGAUUAUCUACCAUUUUAUUCCCUUUCGAAUAUCUUGAAUUUUGAUAUUUUCGUUUUCCCGCUAAACCAAUCGCUUCGCUUCUCUUCGCCAAUCAGAUUCAUUGUUUUUAUUUUUCAAUUAUACUUCGACGAAAUAUAUUAAAAAAAAUUAUCCAUCGAAUUAAUAUGUGAGAUAUAAAAAAAAAAAGAACGAAUGAAAUAUAAAUUAGUUUAUUUUAGAUUAUAUAAAGAAGUAUUACGAAAUAAUUUCUUUUUCAAAAUUGAUCCUAAGGAUAACGAAAUUUUUAGGUUAAAUACAUCGAUUUUAAACAGGAGAUAAUAUUUAUAUAUGCAUAUAUAUAUCUAUAUAUACAUACACACUUAUAUACAUAUAUAUAUAUAUAUAUAUAUGUAUAUAAUUUUUGGAAAGUGUUACAUCAUUUUUUUAUCGAUUUAUAAAAAAUCCUGACAAGUAUCUGUCGUAUUGAAAAAAUCCAAAUGUUUAAAUGAUGUCCUUUCCAUCUCGUCAUUUUCCCUCUCUCUCUCUCUCUCUCUCUCUCUCUCUCUCUCUCACAAACACACACACAUUCUUUCCUACUCUUUCUUGCUAUCUUUCUUUCACUCGCUCUUUCUUGCUAUCUUUCUCUUUUCCCCGCUCUUUCUUGCUAUCUUUCUCUUUUCCCCGCUCUUUCUUGCUAUCUUUCUCUUUCACUUAUUUUUUUUCUUGUACUCGUUCGUUCACGAUCUUCUUCCCACCACACGAUAUCAUUUCACAUCCGCCGGUCCAAACGAGGUUUCGUGCACUUUCGAAGACACAGAGAUGAGAAUUUUGUUACUCAAUUCUUCGUUCGUAAACCGUAAGUCCGUCUGGCCCGAUCAUUCGAGAAUUUGCGAUUGGCAAAUACGAAACGAACAAAUUGAAAAGGUUAAAUCAUCGAUAUAUGUAUAUUUAUAUUUCUACGUUUAUUAUUGUUCAAGCAAGUUUGCUUUGAAUUAUUUAUUUUAAAUGUACGAAUAAAUAUUUAAUAAACUGUGGUGAAUCGCGUUUAAUUGCAAUCGAUGUGUGUGCGUGUGCGUGCGCGUACGUUUAUGGAAAUUUUAUACGGAAGUGAAAAUUUUAUAACAAGAAAUCAAUUAUUUAAUUAUUUAUUUAUUUAUUCAUUCAUUUAUUUAUUUACUUAUUUAUUUAUUUAUUAAAGAGUUCUAUUCGAUGUUCGUCGAUUCGAGAAAUUGAUAUUUCAAAUAGUGCUUUUGUUUCCCGCGAAAUUUUACAUCGUAAUCUGAUUCAAAUUUGCCACCAAAAAAGCGCCAUUUAAUUUUUUGUCUCUCUUUUGAUAAUAGAAAAUUAUGUACGUCUCUGAUAUAUCAUAAAUAUUGAAUUUUUAAAUUUAUUAUAAACGAUCGAACUGUCGACAAAAGUAAAAAGAGAGAGAGAGAGGAAACAGCCCGAAGAGAGAAUUUUCAUUUGAAAAAUUCUGGACCUCUGAUUGGUCUGUUCUUAAAAAGUGGAUCGUUUGCCCUACAGCUAUAGGUCAUCUUACGUAUUAUGAUGAUUGGUUAGUGAAAAAAGAAAAUGACGAUCGUUUAAUUUAAAAAAGGAAAGGAAAGAAAGAAAAAUUAUUAUUAUUUAAAUGAAAGAAUACGAUUUUCAAAAAUGAUUUAUAUUAAUUACAUACGUUAUAUAUACUACUUGGUUACUUUCGCUUUAUAUAAAGAUACUUCAUGUGUAUGAACGAUGAGGUAAAUGAUAUAAAAUAUAAAAGAGCGAAAAAUGAAUAGACGAACGAGCCUACCAGGUGGAUUAAAUUCCUGUGAAAGGAUAAGACCGGAAAGACCAAGAAAUCCGAUUCAAAAGUUAAUAUGGAGUCCAAAUUCUCAAUUUCAAAUAAAUUAUGUAGGAAUAUUGGAGAACGAAGGAUCGAAUCCACGUAUGGCCUUGAGAAAAUUACUUCGACUUUACGAAGGUAGACAAUUUCGUGAAGCGGCAGCGUUUCUGAUGAAGUUACCGCAGUAUACUUUGAAAACAGCUUUACCAGACAUUCCAGUGGAUUUGUUGAUCGAAACUUUACCGCACAGUUUAACUUUGCUCGAAGCUCUUUAUUGUAGACUCGUAGAAUUAAAUGUUACCGAUACGAAGAUCUUAAGAGUAGAACAAGUUCUUUGGAAGGUUGUACAAUUGUUGUCGAACAAUCAGGAUCAUGCACGUCCAAGGAUUUGGUGUAAAUUGUUGACGUAUUUGAACAGAUUGUCACCUAAUACAAAAAAUAUAUUGACCUCGAGGAAAAAAGCUAUAGAAAGAGCAGUCGAAGGACUUGGGAAGCAUGGUUUAGUACCUUCGAGUUUGGAAGGUUCAACUAACACGACGAAUUCGAAUUUGGUACCACUUCCUGUUGUUCUUAAAGAACAACUCGAGGCACGUAUCGAUGCGUACAAACUCGCAGUUCACAAAUUAGAAAGUUUUGGAAAAAAUACAGGAGUUCAUAAAGUAGACCAAGGCGUCCAGGCUGCUUCCCAUCAGCGUCAACUUUCGCUAAAAUACAGCGAAGUUCAACAGAGAUUAAUAGAUAAUCAAAGCCUAUUGAAUACAUUGGAGAAAGCUGGCAAUCUGUACAAUCUGGAAAGUUUGUUGGUAGAAUUGAAACGUCGAAUUGAACACGACAAGGAAGCUCUCAGACAAUGGACAGCAUUGAGAAAAUCUAUUGGUUUAGCUGGGACUAAAAAUCCAACAUUGGCCGCUAAUUUGUUACAAUUUUCAAAGGGUUGUUCUUUAACUUUGCAACUUAUAUGUGAUGAGGGUUCAUCGAUGGAAAAGACAUAUUCUUCGCCGAUACAUUUCGAGAAUGAUUACGAAGAAGAAUCAUGUAGUACCGGAUAUCAUACCGACGAAAGUCGAACACCGGAACCGGUAAUAGUAGUUGCAAACAAAAGACAUGAACUUUUCAAUAGGGAAGAAAGUUCUCAAGUGUUGAUUUCCGGCGAUUUACCGGUCGAACGUUUAUCCAAACGAUAUAGCAUGUUGUAUGCACAGGCACAUUUGCAUACUCUUGAUGCACUUGAUACCUUGCGUCCUCUUAACGAUGCACCCGAAUUAAAAGCUAAAAUACUUUAUUCCGUAGUUGUGUUAUCAUGGCGUUUAGCUGGAAUGGUCCAAACGUAUAGACGUCUAGAAGCAUUAAAUAUUUUAAAUGGUACAACCACCGGUGUACCAUCGGUUGCAAAUAUCGAGGAAUGUAUAAUAAGGCAAUUAGCUACCAGUGGUGCUCAAAGUGGUGUAGAGGAAGUAGCCGAGCAAGUGAUCAAUCAGCUGGAAAGAACGUUGUACGAUUUACCGUGUUUAAAAGAAUGCACGGAAAUAAAAAGAUACGCUUCCAUGUGCGCUGGUUUGGCAUGGGUUUGUUUGGCUCGUAAUACGCCUCUGGUAUUGGACGUGGCACAGGAUAUAGAAUUUCGAAAGGAAGUUCAUUUGAGGCAUCACAGUUCCUCAAAUCCAAAUGGAACGAGAAUAAAAUCUGUAUUAUGGCCAGGUUUACGAGAAGGUUAUCAAGGUUCUUGUCUUCACAAAGCUGUUGUUAUAACCGUAUAAUAAUAUACGGUGAAUUAACAACAAAAUGAUGGAUUUUUUUUUUGAGCGAGGAAACUUUUGUUAUUAACGUUAUAUAUAUAACGAUGUAAUACAUAUACAGAAUGCGACGUGGAUAUUAUCAGAUAUUGAAAAAUCAUAUCAAAUCUUUUGUACCUUAAUAUAAUUAAUAUCCAGAGAUCAUAAUAACUGUUAUAAUCUUAAUCUUGAAAAAUUACGAAAUAAGAAUUAAUAUCUUUCUUUAAAUGAUA